CAGGCCCGUACCAAGCGCGGCAGGGCGUGGGGGGGAGCCGCGCGAAGUCUCGGCGCCGCCACCCGGCUCCGUGCCGCGGGGGGGCCAGGCCGCAGGGCGGGAGCCUCCUGCCGCCCCCCCUCCCUCCCGCCGCAGUGGGAGGUGCCGCGCAUCCCGGAAGAGGUGAUCAGCCACUUCCGCCUGCCAGGACCGGAGCGCCGCUGCCACCAUGACUGCCACACUGCGCCCGUACCUGAAUGCGGUGCGCGCCACGCUGCAGGCCGCGCUGUGCCUGGAGAACUUCUCCUCGCAGGUGGUGGAGCGGCACAACAAGCCCGAGGUGGAAGUCAGAAGCAGCAAAGAGUUGCUGUUGCAGCCGGUGAUCAUCAGCAGGAACGAGAAGGAGAAGGUUCUCAUCGAAGGCUCCAUUAAUUCCGUGCGCGUCAGCAUCGCAGUGAAGCAGGCUGAUGAGAUCGAGAAGAUCUUGUGCCACAAAUUCAUGCGCUUUAUGAUGAUGAGGGCUGAGAACUUCUUUAUCCUGCGCAGGAAGCCUGUGGAGGGUUAUGACAUCAGCUUCUUGAUUACGAACUUCCACACGGAGCAGAUGUACAAGCAUAAGCUGGUGGACUUUGUCAUCCACUUCAUGGAGGAGAUUGAUAAGGAAAUCAGUGAGAUGAAACUCUCUGUCAAUGCAAGGGCCCGCAUCGUGGCAGAGGAGUUCCUUAAGAAUUUUUAGGCCGUGGUGCAGGACCCCGUGGCUCCCUGUGCUUGUGCCCACCGGGCACUGUGCCUGUGCCUGCUCCCGUUUCUCGAGGACCGCUGGGCGGGGCCGGGCCCUGUCCGCCCCUCUCUGGGCUGGGCGGGAGCAGCCCCCGCUUGCGGCAGCGCGGCCCCAGCCGCUGCCUCUGUCUCGUCUUGUUUUUUAAACGGUCUUGUUUGCUGUA